AUGAACGCGGCGUGCGUCUCAUACUGCGAUAUGACAUCGAUGGAUUCAUAUUAUAGCACGUCUACUGCGCAAGGUAGGGAUCACCAGGGGAACCCGUUCAGGACUUUCCCGACCACUGAAACCAAAUACAGCCCCACGUUCAUUACGGGUAAAGGACAGGCUUACGGAGAGAAGUCCCGGAGUCCUUUCCAGCCGGAGUGCCAGUCGUUGGAUGGCACCGAGGACGGCACCUUCAACAAAUACCAGCUCUUCAUGCAGCGGCCGACCUGCAAAACUCCGCCCGAAGGCAGCAAGCUGCACCCGGACAGCGGACACAACGGGACGCUGAUUCCCUGCUAUGGGAAAGACAACGGCGGCCUGACAGAGUCUGAGUUACCCCCAAGUGUCGACCCACCUGGGAUGGAAGGCAGCUACCUGAACCUAAAGGCGCCCGGCGAGAAGGGCCUUAGCGAGCGGCCCGGCUCCGACUAUUCCAGUCCUCUGGACAAAAGUGAGGCGGAGAGCAACAAAGGCAAGAAGAGACGCAAUCGCACCACGUUCACCAGCUACCAGCUGGAAGAGCUGGAGAAGGUUUUCCAAAAGACACACUACCCAGAUGUUUAUGCCCGCGAACAGCUGGCACUGAGGACGGACCUGACUGAGGCUCGUGUACAGGUGUGGUUCCAGAAUCGCAGAGCCAAGUGGAGGAAGAGGGAGCGUUACGGCCAGAUGCAGCAGGUCCGGACACACUUCUCUACUGCUUACGAGCUGCCUCUACUGACUCGGCCUGAGAACUAUGCACAGAUCCAGAACCCUUCGUGGAUCAGCAGCAGUGGAGCAUCUCCAGUGCCGGGUUGCGUUGUGCCUUGCGACUCCGUCUCCUCCUGCAUGCCGCCUCACCCUCACGGUCCCGGAGGCGUCUCUGACUUCCUAGGCGUACCCAGUCCAGGGAGCAGCCACAUGGGACAGACACAUAUGGGCAGCCUUUUUGGGGGUCCCGGGAUGGGCGGGGGAAUCAAUGGCUAUGAUCUUAACCUUGAUCCAGACCGCAAGUCUUCCAGCAUAGCUGCACUGCGUAUGAAGGCCAAGGAACACAGUGCAGCCAUCUCUUGGGCCACAUGA